CUGUCACCCACAUGUAAACUUAUCUAAUCAAUGUAAAGUUAAAUGCGGCAGUGAGAUGCCAAUGACAGACUGAAUGGUGAAUGAAAGACAGUAAACUGGAAUGAUGAGGAGAUUUUUUGUCUGGUUUCUGUUCUCUGUGUCUGUGGUUUUGGCUGGAGAGGACUUCUAUGAUAUAUUAGGAGUGGAGAGAUCUGCAACUGCAAAAGAAAUCCGUAAAGCAUUCAAAAAACUCGCCAUCACAAAACAUCCAGAUAAAAAUCCAGAUGAUCCCAAAGCUCAUGAAACAUUUUUAAAGAUAACUCGUGUGUAUGAAGUGUUGAAGGAUGAGGAUUUGAGGAAGAAGUAUGACCUUCACGGAGAGGAGGGACUGAAGGAGGACUUCCACGGAGGAGGGCAGUAUGAGAGCUGGAGCUUCUAUAACGAGGAGUUUGGUAUAUAUGAUGAUGACCAAGAAAUAAUUACUCUUAGUCGGUCUGAUUUUGAACAGUCGGUUGAUGGAACAGAUGACAUUUGGUUUAUCAACUUCUACUCCCCGCACUGUUCACACUGCCACGAGUUGGCUCCUACUUGGAGAGAACUUGCGAAGGAACUGGAGGGAGUGAUUCGUAUCGGAGCAGUGAACUGUGAAGAUGAUUUCAUGCUCUGUCAACAGAAUGGCAUUCAUUCCUUCCCAUCUCUUGUCAUGUUUCCAGCUAGAGAGAAAUACCAUGGCAAUAGAAAUACACGUGACCUGGUCAGACACGCCCUGAAGUUUGUCAGAGCCGAGGUGAUUGAACUCUGGGAGGGAAAUUUUCAGAAAUCUUUGGAGGAGAAUUCAGAAAAACCCUGGUUGAUAGCAUUUUGUGGAGAGGAAUCUUGCUUGUCAAGGACCAAUAGAUUGAAGCUGUCAGCCAUUCUUGCAGAUGUGGUCAACUUUGGAACUCUGAGAUGUAAACACAAUGAAAAUCUUUGUGAAAAACUUGGAAAGGAGCAUGGGAUCUUUUACUAUGGUCAUGAUGGUGUAACAAAGGAUAAAGGCAUUGAAAUCUCAGGAUCAGAUCCUCAGGAAAUUGCCUUUCAAGUUAUGUCUCAGUUACCAGAUGUCAAAGAUUUAGACAAGGAGGUCUUUGAGAAUCUAGUGAGGAAGAUGACAAAGGGUCAGGACAAGGAUUGGUUAGUACACUUUGUAGAUGAGGAGGAACAUCAAGACAUUGAAUUCAGAAAACUACCAGCCAUGCUGCCUGAGUUCAGGAUAGGAAGAGUCAACUGCAGGAAGUUAUGGGACAUCUGUAAAAAACUCCAUGUCAAUAAGUUUCCCUCUUUUUAUGUCUUUAAAAAAAGUGGAGGAUAUGAAAUUUAUUAUGGUCGAGAUACAGCACCUGAUGUAUCAGCCUUUGCCAGGGACAGUGCCAGUACUACCCUGGUGUCGUUAGGACCGGAUGACUUUAACCCAAACAAAGUGGGCCCCUCUAGUCAACAACCCUGGUUUGUCGACUUCUUUGCACCAUGGUGUCCUCCAUGCAUGAGGUUGUUACCAGAGUUUAGGAAGGCAGCACGGGAUUAUGAUGGUGGGGUCAACUUUGGAACCGUGGACUGUACAAUUCAUGGUGACCUCUGUCAAAUGUAUAACAUCCGUUCUUACCCGACAACGAUUUUCUACAACCAGACGGUUCCUCAUCAGUACCACGGUCAUCACGACUCAUUCCAUAUCUUACAGUUUAUACAGGACACAUUAAACCCCCCUGUAGUAAGCUUGGACAGGGGGACUUUCCGACAUUUGGUACAGGGGACUGACAGAAGUACUGCAUGGUUCGUAGACUUCUUCGCCCCCUGGUGUGGCCCUUGUCAGCAGCUGGCUCCAGAAUGGAGGAAGCUGGCUAAGAUGUUAAAGGACGUGGAUGGUGUUAAAGUAGGUCAGGUGGACUGCCAAGCCAAUGGAGAUUUAUGCAGCUCUGAAAAUGUCAACUCUUACCCCACCAUAAGAUUGUACAGCAAAACUUCUGAGGGACUGCUUCAGUUCUAUCAUUACAAUAGUUGGGCUAGAGAUGCUGUCAAUAUCAUAGCCUGGAUGUUUGAGUCCAGCCUGGUGCCCUCCAAUCUGGAGCCUAUAAACCAAAACACAUUUUACUGGAAGGUGUUACGGAGCUCCAAACCCUGGCUGAUAGACUUCUAUGCACCAUGGUGUAAUCACUGCCACAUGUUCAGACCAAAGAUUGAGGUUGUGGCUAAAACAUUAAAGGGACGUUUAAGAGUAGGGAAGGUUAACUGUGAUGCAGAUCAGAGCCUUUGCCAGCAGGUGGCACUUCAAGGUUAUCCCUCCAUUAGACUAUACAGAGGGGUCAGUCCAGGACAGGAUGCACAGCAUCCAUAUGGAGAGGAAGUAGAGAUGUAUGAAGCCCAGGAGCUCAUUGAGUAUCUCCAGGAUAUACUUCCCCAGGUGUCAGAGGAAUCUGAAAGUGAUAAAAGUCCAUUAGAUCACGAUGAACUCUGAUUACAGUUCCACUUAGAAUUUAUUUAUUUACAAAUCUAUGAAUGAAUUAAUCAUUUUCAUUGUAUGUAUAUAUACCUCAGGAAUUUCUUCAUGUGUUUGAGUGACUAUGUUUAAAUGUAUCAUUGCUUAAAUGAUUCCUGUGUUAAAAUGGUCUGAACGUUCAAAUACUGAAGAAGUAGCUUGCGUACUGGUUUAGUGCCUGUGGCCCACUUGUUCAUCUGUCUAUCUGUAAAUAAUCUCCCAAAGUCUAUGAAUUAUAAAUAAAAGUAAGUAAACCAGUUAAUUCAUGAUAUACUACUGUUAGAAAUAUAUUAUUCAUUCAAAUUAUAGUAUUGCAGAUGAUACUUAUAAAAUCAAAUAUUUUUAUAAUUUAGCAAUAGUUUGUUCAAGAUAUUUACAUAGGU